UGCUCUGCUGUGUUCAAGUCUGCGCGCGCAUCCUCCAGCUGCGCACGCAUCCUCCGCACUACCUAACCACCUAACCCGAAAACAUGGUCCGUUGCUGCAAGUUCCCUAACUGCACUAACAAAGAUAAAAGCUACAGUCCGUGCAGCUUCCACAGACUCCCGCUCUCUGACCCGAAGAGGCGCCGCCUGUGGCUGCUGGCUCUGCAGAUAGACCCCGCGACCCCCCUGCAGAAGCUCCGGGUCGCGGACUUCCGCGUCUGCAGCGACCACUUCGACAAGAGUGACUUUCAACAGGGCGGAAAAAACACAGCCACCUACCUCAUAUAUACAGCUGUGCCCAGAGAAAUCAAACCCGAGUUGGAAGAUAACUGGGAAGUGACGGGCAAACCUGCACAGGUUAGAAGCACAGGCAUUCAAGUCCCAGAGACCGGCACUACCAGGCAGAGCAGACCGCCCCUGCAGCACAUCGUGGACGAGGAAGCCAUCCUGCAGCUGAUGAAAACGUGCCCCAUGUGCAACAGAAAGUGCCGCAGCAACAAAUACGUGCGUGGUCCUUACUUCACCGUCUACCAGAGCUGCUAUUUCUGCCAUUACCAACGCAGGUGGGGGAGCCAGCCCGGAGCAGCAAACCUCAAAGUUCAGAAGCCGAUCGAGAAGAAAGUGAAGCCCAAGAAGAACGUGUGUGAGAAAACAAAGGCUCAGUCAUCGCAGAUUAAGAAGAAGAAGACGGUUUCAGAAUCUUCAGAGUCUCAUGAUCGAGCCUGAGGAGGAUUCAGUUCGUAUGUUUUGGUGGUUUUUAACUUUUCAGUGGAGAGUACUGUUCAGUGGCGUCAGCCCAAAGUGAGAACAGUCUUAUUAGGAGCCUCAAUCAGGAAGCACUACUUACAGUAACAUCUCAAUAACUCAGAGGAUUGUGAAAGAGUUUAAAAGUUCAACUUUCGGUCAGUUUUAGGGAAGUUAAAAUUAAAUAUAUUCAAGAAGUGUCAAGUGUUUUUCUAUUUUAAUUGAGAAGCAUAUCUCAAAAUAUAAGAAUAUUAAAUAUCUCUUGAGUAAAUCACGCCCACAGCGCCAUAACUACCACCACAUGUUUGAUAUCACUGAGCUUUGAUUGGCCUCAGAUAUUAAACUUUACAUUUCAAAAAUAUAAUAAAAAUGAACACAAUGCUCUAAUGUGCUGAGAUGCUCCUGUAUACGCAGAUAUAUCAACAUAGGAACCAGAUGUGCAUGAGUCUUACAUGAUGCCGCCUUCCUGUUGGCCUCGUGUCGUCUUCGCCCCGGUGAGGUUUGUGCGAUACGUCGAGACCUCUGCGUGGUCUUCGUCCUGGCUGGAGAUGGUCUGGAGGUUUGGGAGACGUCGCUCAGUAAGGCGUCUCUGUACUGCUGCUCCUACACAUGGACACGAAAACAAAGCAGGAGGACAUCCGAUGUUUGAAGUUUGGACCAACAGAUACUCAUUUUAUUUUAUGAUGAGAGCGGUUUACUGAAGACACUUUUCUGGAGGACACAAAGCUUCUGACUUACGGCUUCCUGAGCUUUGAAGCGUGCCUUGUCCAGAUCUGCCCGUUCUUUGUCUUCAUAUCUUUUCAGCUCCUUCUCGUACGCCUUAUUCUGCAGGUACUGAAAGAGAGUUUCAUUUACUUUACAUGGACGUGACAUGAAAGAUAGAAACAAAAACAAAAGGAACCUUUAUUUUUCUAAGAUGGGAAUCAUUUGUGCCAGAACACUACUGACAAAGAUGUUGAUGCAUCUUGAUUUUGUAUUUGCUUGUUGAAAAUGUUUCAACCUUUAAUAAAAGGAAACCUGUCCCUUUGCCA